AUGGCUGUCAACGCUUCCGUCGCGUUCGAUCUCCCGCCGCUCCCGACGUACACAAUGAGACCGCGGGAGAAUCUCAUCGCCGCUAUUCCCGAUAACAUCCUAUCGCUGAUUUUACCUAUCGUCGCCUAUUGGGGCUUAUCCAUGAUUUACCACUAUCUGGAUGUCAAUGACUACUUCGUCCAAUACCGCCUUCACACCCCCGCAGAGGUCUUGAAAAGAAACAAAGUCAGUCGGUGGGAAGUCGUGCGCGAUGUGGUCAUCCAGCAGGUGAUCCAAACCAUGGCUGGUUUGGCCUUCCUUUGGUUUGAUGCCGAGGAGACAGUGGGACGCGAUGGGUACGAUGUCGCAGUCUGGGCUCAACGAUUGCGCAUACUUCAAAAGGCUAUUCCUUCAUUGCUGGGGCUGGCUGGGGUGGAUGCGGCGAACCUCGCCAAAUCGGUCGCCAAAAACGGAUACACGAUGUUAGCCGGGGCUAUCGCUGGUGGUUCGUACCCCGGGGUGACCCAGUCCCUCGUUCUUGACACCGGAGCCACGGCUGUGGUUCCCGCUUUCACGGGAUGGGAACUUGCUGUCGCAAGCUUUAUUUAUUGGUACUUUGUGCCUGCUCUGCAGUUCAUGCUGGCGAUCUCAAUCGUCGACACCUGGCAGUACUUCCUUCACCGCGCUAUGCAUCUCAACCGGUGGCUUUAUGUGACAUUCCAUUCACGACAUCACCGUCUCUACGUUCCUUACGCCUUUGGUGCACUUUACAACCACCCGUUCGAGGGUUUCCUGCUGGACACUGCCGGAACCGGAAUUGGGUUUUUGGUCUCGGGGAUGACCACUCGUCAGGCCAUGUGGUUCUUCACUCUUUCAACUAUCAAAACUGUCGAUGACCACUGUGGCUAUGAGUUCCCCUGGGAUCCCUUGCAGCAUUUCACCUCCAACAACGCCGCCUACCACGAUAUUCACCACCAGAGCUGGGGUAUCAAAACCAAUUUUUCUCAGCCUUUCUUCAUCUUCUGGGAUCGCAUGCUCGGUACUCGGUGGGAGGGUGAUGUUCAUGGGCGCUAUGAACGGGCUCGUGAAAAUGCGCAGAAGCAAGUGGACCUUGAUGCUGCCAAGGCCGCUGAAGCUGUCCCAACUGUGAUUGUGAAAGAGGAACGUGAGCCUGAGCGAGUGGUAGUGUCAACAGAUGGCCCCGCUACACGCACUCGACUGCGUCGAAAGACAGUCGAUAGUCUCAAGGGCCCUAGCCAUGGGGUUCCUGGAAGUGUUCUCCACAACUGA